CGAUCCCCCUGGCGAAGACAGCGCGCGCUUCUGUCCCGUCUUUACAGAAGCAGCGGCGUGAAGCGAGAUGACCGUCUGCGUGCGGCUGCGUGUGGAUCUCUUGAACGCCGGUGGCAGGGGACUGACAGACAAUAAAGAGGCGCGAGAGUGGGAGACCGUUUGCGAUUAGUGCGGCACGACUGAAGCACGGGAAGGCGAGUUGUACGUUGACGGAAUAAACCGAAGGCUGGACGCCGCAUUCAGGUUGUAGAGUUUUAAACAAGACAAGGACAGAUUUGGAAUACAGUGUGCGCGAUGAAAGGGGCGCUUAGUGGAUUCAUCAAGUCCCCGUUUUAUGUCGCAUUUCGUUAAUAUUUUAUUUUGCCGUGCUGGGGUGUGUAUGAUAUUUUUGUUUUUCGUUUGAUUUAGUCAGUGUGUGUUCCGAUACAAAUAUUUCUGUGAAUCCUGUUUCGUUGAUUUGUGUGUCUGUGUGCAUGUGUGUACGUGAGUGUGCGUUCCCUGGAGUCACUGGGGGGACAACAGGGGAUUUUCUCAAUGGCACGACGAGAAGAUUUAGCGCUACACUAAAAUUGUGUUUCACUCUCCGGGGAGUCAGAGAUGGGAGACUUCGUGCAGAUCAACGAACCCGGCCAACAGAUAUCUCAUAACUACUGCUAACAGCGAUAAGGAUGACCCCUGCUCGGCCGGUAUGUGUGUCUGUGCUGUCGUCCCUGCUGGCGCUGGCAUGGGGUCAGGACUCCUCCUCCUCCCCCUCCUCCUCCUUCUUCGCGUGCUCCUCCAUGGUGCAGGGUGUCCUGUACGGCUCCUUCUCCCUGAGGGACCUGUUCCCCUCCCCCAUCACCCCGGGCUGCUCCUGGACUGUGGAGAACCCCGACCCCACCAAAUACACGCUGUUCGUGCGCUUCAGGCACCACGGCCCCGCCUGCCAGGCCUUCGCGCCCGUGCUCCUCCCCCUCGACCACUACCUGGCCAAUCAGAGCUGUGCCGCGCCCGUCCCGGCCGACCCGGAGCUGGUGGACCUGUGCCAGCCCUCCGGGUCCCACGCCUUCAUGCAGUUCGACAAGAACUUUGUGCAGCUGUGCCUGACGACGGCUCCCGCGCCCACGGCCACGCCCACCGCCACGCCCACUGACGACCCCGUCACCAUGGAGAUGCUGGCCUUCCACCUGGUGGAGGUGCUGCUGAUCAACAACGAGAACUCCAGCCAGUUCACCUGCGGGGUGCUGUGCCGCUGGUUCGAGGAGUGUCUGCGUUCGGGCCGGGAGAGUGAGGGCUGUGGGAUCACCCAAACCGGCUGCAUCUGCCCCGAUGCCGACAUGACCCCGCCCUUCCUGCUCACGCCUGCCACGCCCAACAAUGACUCCGCCCACCGCCACACCCCCGACGUGCUCCCGGCUCCGCCCGACGACUGCUGCGUGACUCAGACGCCCUCGCUGCACGCCAUCGCCCUGGUGCCCCGGGACGUCCCGCACGACUCUGAAGAGGACGAUCUGAGAGUGAAGACGCAGCGACCUCGAUCUGUCGACCUGCCGGGACUUUACCAGGCCCAGACAGGUGACCCAGCAGCGGAGGAGUGGUCGCAGUGGAGCAUGUGUUCUCUGACCUGUGGGCAGGGCUUGCAGGUCCGCACGCGCUCCUGUGUCGCCUCCCCCUACGGAACCCUCUGCAGUGGCCCGCUGAGGGAGUCCCGUGUCUGUAACAACACCGUCACCUGCCCAGUGCAUGGGCUGUGGGAGGAGUGGUCUCCGUGGAGCCUGUGUUCAGUCACGUGUGGGCGUGGCUCUCGAACCCGGACCCGGAGCUGCGUGGCCCCUCAGCACGGGGGGAAGACCUGCGGAGGCCCAGAGCUGCAGUCCAAACUCUGCAACAUCGCCGUGUGCCCAGUGGAGGGUCAGUGGUGGGACUGGUCGUCAUGGUCGCGGUGUUCAGUCAGCUGUGGGGGAGGGGUGCAGCACAGGCAGAGGAGGUGUAGGGUUUCGGUUCACGGCUGGACAGAGUGUAGGGGGGCACACGCUGAGACCCGUCAGUGCAGCAGCCAGGACUGUGGGGGUGGGGGUAACUGGGGCAGUUGGAACCAGUGGGGCAGUUGCUCGAAGACGUGUGAUUCGGGGUGGCAGCGGCGGCUGCGGAUGUGCCAAGGGGUGGGGCUUCAGGGGUACCCCUGUGAGGGCAGUGGGGAGGAAGUCAGGGCGUGCAACGACAGGAAGUGUCCAGCUCCUCACCAGAUGUGUAAGGAUGAGCACAGAGAAGCUGUGAGCUGGAAGAGUGCUGCAGCUGGAGACACUGUGUACAGCAAGUGUCCCUCAAACGCUACUGGCUCUGCUAGUCGUCGGUGCUUGCUGGACUCUAAGGGAGUUGCUUACUGGGGUCCUCCGACCUUCGCCCGAUGCGUCUCACUGGAGUUCCGAUAUUUACAUCUAUCACAGCUGCGAGAGCAUCUUUCGAAGGGUCAGAGGACCCUGGCAGGGGAGGGCAUGUCCCAGAUCGUGAGGAGUCUUCACCAGCUGAUGUCCCGCCGCCGCUAUCACAGCGGGGACCUCUUAUUCUCAGUGGAGAUUCUCCGAAAUGUGACCGACACCUUCAAACGAGCAACCUACGUCCCAGCUCCCGACGAUGUGCAGAAGUUCUUCCAGAUUAUCAGCUUUAUGUUGGAUGUGGAAAACCGUGGAAAGUGGGAGGAUGCUCAGCAGGUCUCCCCUGGCUCAGUGCUGCUGAUGAGAGUGGUAGAGGAUUUUAUCCACCUGGUGGGCGAGGCUCAGAAGGCCUUCCAGAGUUCCCUCAUCAUCACUGACAACCUGAUGCUGACGGUCCAGCGCGAGCCAGCGUCGGCCGUCUCCAGUGAUGUGAACUUCCCCAUGAAGGGCCGCAGAGGGAUGAAGGACUGGGCGCGCUCCUCGGAGGACAAACUCUUCAUCCCCAAGGAGGUCUUCACCCUGGCCUCUGAAGAAUCAGAUGAAACAUCUUACUUUGUGAUCGGAGCAGUCCUGUAUCGAACCCUCGGCUUCAUAUUGCCACCUCCACAGAGCCCCUUGGUGGUCAGUUCCAAGGUGCUGACGGUGACCGUGCGACCACCACCCAAAGACACGGAGGGCACGGUGGCGGUAGAGCUGUCCUCUCUGCUGAACGGCACCUCUGAUCAUCAGUGUGUCACUCUGGAGUACUGGAACACGGAGGAUGCUGAUUACUGGGACACUGAAGGCUGUCAGACUCUCCCGUCUCCAUCACUUCAUACCAAGUGCCUCUGCAGCCGGCUGUCCACCUUCGCUGUGCUAGGACAACAACCCAGAGCACAGGUGGUCGGCCCCUCCAGACUGCCCUCUGUGCCCCUGAUGAUUGGGUGUGGCGUUUCCUGUACAGCUCUGUUCAUUCUGCUGGUGCUGUACGCUGCCCUCUGGAGGUUUAUUCGGUCCGAGCGCUCCAUGAUUCUGCUGAAUUUCAGUGUGGCCAUCCUGGCCUCUAAUGUCCUCAUCUUGCUGGGACAGUCCCACAGCCUGGGCAGAGUGAGUCAGGUGCUCUGCACAAUCACUGCCAUCGCUCUGCACUUCUUCUUCCUGUCUUCCUUCUGCUGGGUGUUAGCAGAGGCGUGGCAGUCUUACCUGGCCGUCAACGGCAACACCAGAACACGCUUCAUUCGCAAGCGCUUCCUGUGUCUGGGCUGGGGUCUUCCAGCUCUUGUUGUCGCAGUGUCAGUGGGGUUCACCAGGGCGAGAGGCUAUGGCUCAGCCAGCUCCUGCUGGCUAUCUCUGGAGGGUGGGUUGCUCUACGCCUUUGUGGGUCCUGCUGCUGUCAUUGUAUUGGUGAACAUGCUGAUCGGCAUCGUCAUCUUCAACAAGCUGGUGUCCAGGGACGGAAUAUCAGACAAGUCCAAAAAACAGAAAGCUGGUCCACAGCCACACGGUCUUGUUCCCAAAUAUUCCAGGUGUGGAGUGAACUCACACAGCACCCUGCCCAAGACCAUCGCCACCAACGCCACGGCGUCCCUGUGGAGCUCCUGUGUGGUGCUCCCCCUGCUGGCUCUCACCUGGAUGUCAGCGGUCCUGGCCAUCACCGACCGGAGCUCCACACUGUUCCAGGUGCUCUUCGCCGUGUUCGACGCCCUGCAGGGCGUGGUCAUCAUCAGCGUGCAUGGCGCACUGAGGCGAGAGGUGCAGGACGCAUUGUGUGGUCGUAUGGGCGUCUGUAAGGAUGACAGUGAGAACUCUCCAGAUUCCUGCAAGAAUGGCCAGACAGACUUUGAAAAAGAUGUGGAUCUGGCCUGUCAGACAGUCAUUUUUAAGGAGCCCACUAUUUCAGGAACACUGUCCCGCAUCUCCUUGGAUGACGAGGACGACCCCAAACUGGCGGGAAACAAGGAGGUGGGCGUGAACCUGGGCGGCCUGCCGGGCCUCGUGGCCCCGCCCACCCUGCUGGUGCAGGCCCCGCCCCUCGGGGUCGAGCCGCAGCUGAAGGAGGUGAACGUGGAGCAGCAGGGGGCGCCGGUGUACCUGUGCACGGAGAGCGGGCUGGGCUGGGUGGGGUCGGGGGGCGGGGCCGGGGGCCUGGGCGGGGCUGAGCGGGACUACAUGGUGCUGCCAGGGAGGACGGGGGGCCUCCAAACCCCGCCCCUCAGGGGUGAGGAGAAGAACAUGGCUGUGCAUGACUCCGCCCUCCCCGCGGUGUCGGCCCUGCGAUUGGCUGACGGGAAGGCGCUGUACAGCUUUGCGUCCAUGGAUCACCUCAACGUCAACCUGACCCCGCCCUGCCGGACGCUCCGCCCCCUGCCCGCCCACACGCUGCACUUCAAACCACACCCCUCCGUCCGUCACAUCCUCUCUGGCUCCGCCCACCGCACUCGUACCCUCCCCCGGAAACUGGGCCACACCCACACCAGCCUGUCCGUGGGCUCACUGGAGAGGAAAAGAGUACAGUACUCUGAGCUCGACUUUGAGAAGGUGAUGCACACGCGGCAGAGACACAACGAGCUGUACCACGAGCUCAACCACCCCCCCGAGUUCCACACCCCCGGCCCCAAACGCAGGGACCCGACUGCAUCCAGCGUCAGGAGGGAGAGACGCUGGAGCAUCUCAUCUACAGAAGGGGAGAAUAAUUCCUCCAGCGACAGGACCCCUCCCGACGACCAGCACCCCUGUGACAAUGUCAGGACAGUCACCUUUGACCCCUCAUGUGCGCCCGCUGAAAAGAUGGACAAAUUGGAGCUAAACCAAAUUUGGGGAACUGCCCCCGCAACUACACCCGAAACCGAGGGAGACUUCCAGACUGAAGUCUGAGUGCUCAGCGGGCACUCAGAAGAGGGGAGGGGCCACCGCAGAGCUUCCUGGCCAAUCACAGCACUCGGUUCAUUGCCACAGAACCUUCCGAGUGGAAACAAAGAUGUGAGGAGGGUGGGGAUUGGGCAGAGCUGAAGAUGCAGAUGGAGAGGAACACGCAGGGAAAUCAUCCGCUGGGACAGCAGCGCCGGGGGCCGGUCACUUCCGCGGCAGUACAAACAUAACGGGUCAUUUCUGAAGCUCUGAACUGCCGGUCCGUCCACUGCAGCAUCCCGGGACCAUCCACCAAACCCCCCAAACGUCCCUUAAGCCCCUCCCUCUCCCCGGGAGGGGUGCAGACGCCCUGCUUGUUGGUGUGACUUCAACCCCCGUUCGCCCUUUUGUACAAUGAGACUGCACAAAGUAGACCCCGCCCUUUUCAUAUGAUGUUUUUGUAUGAAAAUAAAUUUUCAAAUUGAGUCAAAAAAUUUA